UUUCCCUGCGUCUUUUCUUAGCUGUCUCAGAAAUAGCAUCACCAGGCAGCACGGAGUUCACGCCGGCCGUCAGCCCACACAGCUGUUGCCAUGCACAGAAACGAAGAAAGAUGUAGACUGAGAUAUGAAGAGCAGGGGUGGGGGUAGCAAAGACAGGGGAAGCAAGAAGCCUGGUUUUUGUAUGGUGCCUUUUCACCGUGGGGACAGGGGGGCACGGUGAUAUAACCCAAUGGAGUCGCUGUACAAAAACCUGCCGUGUUCAGUUAUGAAGACUUUCCAGUGUUCAAAUCAGCUGCAUUUUACAAGGAUAAGAUUUACAUAUGUUUAAUCACUUUGAAAUGGUUCAUUUGUACACGAUAAUGUAAAAUCCAAUGCUCAUUUGUAGCUUUUAUUGUUUCAUGCAGGGCGUUGUUUUCCUUUAGGGACUUAGUGGUAAAAGACCCUGUGUGACACUGGAGCUGAAGCCCACUUUGGAAUUAAAACUGAAAGAGCUGUUGUAGAAUCAAACGGGAAUUUCACGGCUCCAAAGAUCCAAUUGUUUCCACCCUCAAAGAAGGAGUGUAAAAGCAAAAAGAAUGAGAAGAAAAUCAAGACAUUGAUGUGCUUGGCCUCUGGUUUCUACCCAGACCAUGUGACGGUUUCCUGGCAGAUCAACGGCUUUAAUGAAAGCCGUGGCGUGAUGACCGACGAUGCUGCCAAGAAGAAAGACGAUGGCUACACAAUCACAAGCAUGCUGAGGGUCCCUGCAUCGAAGUGGUUAAAGAAAGGCACCAAUUUCACCUGCAUUGUCCACUUUUUUAAUGGGAAUGAGACCAUUCCCUAUUCAAAAUCGGUUAUAGGACCAGGAAAUGAAGCAACAAGAGAGAAAUAUCUACGAAUCACUCAAAGUGCCAAGCUAUCCUACACGGUUUUGGUCUUCAAGAGCAGCAUCUACGGCCUCUUUUUGGUUCUGCUGAUGUGGAAGCUUCAGGCUUCAUCAAAAAAACAGCCAAACUGAGCUCAGCAGAGUUAAACUGGGGGGAUACGGCUGUUUCCAUCAAUCUGUAUUGAAAUGUUUUAUAAAAAAACUGUUAAAGUGUGUCUGCUUGCAUGCUGAACUUUAUUGACAAAUUGCUAUAUACAAUCUAUUAAUGAUUAAGAUGACUUUAAUAUGUCAAACCGCUCAUCUACUGCUUUAUGCCAGUUUUUCUUCCUAAUAAAAUCAUCUAACUACAGACCUAA